AUGUUCACGUUUCAUGUAAAAUGAUGAGUAGUUAAAGAGGGCAUAGUUUACGCGAACAGAGUAUAAAACAUUUAUUUCUUUUUUUAUGGCUGUAGAUAACAGUCCUUGAAUGGCAUUUGUCUUGAGGAUUGCGGGUGCCUAGUUUAAGGCAAAGGGAGUGUCAAAGGUCGCAUGUUUAACCAACUUUACGCUUGUUGCGUGGAGUCUAAACUGUGUCGCGUAUGUUUGGUACAGUCAUUGUACAAAGCCAGUAAGUUAACAAGUGAUAUUUGGUACAAGUGUAUAACUCGGGUGGCAUGCUACACGCCAUGUUAAGCCGCUUGGAUAGAGGUAUCGGGAGUAAAGCCCGGCAGCCUUUCUCAGAAGGUGCCGCCAAGAUCUUUGAUAAAGAUCAGUACCGCCUAGAGGCAGAUGCCUUUGGUGAUAUCCCAGUGCCCAAGGACAAAUACUAUGGUGCAAACACCGCACGGUCCAUCAUCAACUUUGCUAUUGGUGAUGAAACUGAACGCAUGCCUAUUCCAGUGAUACGAGCCUUCGGAAUUCUCAAGCUCUGUGCAGCUGAGGUUAACAAAGAGUUUGGUCUUGAUGACAGAAUUGCCAAUGCCAUUAUACAGGCAUCAAAAGAGGUAAUUUCAGGAGAUCUGGAUUCACACUUUCCAUUGUCCACCUGGCAGACAGGAUCAGGCACACAGACGAACAUGAAUGUGAAUGAGGUCAUCAGCAAUAGGGCCAUUUCUAUUCUGGGUGGAAUCAUUGGUUCCAAGAAACCAGUUCACCCAAAUGACCAUGUGAACAUGAGUCAGAGUUCAAAUGACACAUUUCCAACAGCUAUGCAUAUAGCAGUGGCUCAGGAGAUUGAAAACUUAUUAAAACCAAGCUUAAAUGCAUUAUGCAGUGCAUUACGUACCAAGGUGGAGGCCUUCAAAGACAUUAUCAAAAUUGGUCGAACACAUUUGCAGGAUGCUGUGCCUCUUACAUUAGGGCAGGAGUUUGGUGCUUACUUGCAUCAAGUACAAACAGGCAUAGAAAGAAUAGAUGCCACCAUGUCUCACCUGUAUGAGCUUGCAGCUGGUGGAACAGCUGUGGGGACUGGUUUGAAUACUAGAGUUGGGUUUGCUGAAAAGGUUGCACAACGAAUUGCUGAUUAUACAGGUCUGCCAUUUGUCACAGCCAGGAAUAAGUUUGAAGCUCUGGCAUGUCAUGACACAAUGGUUGAAGUUCAUGGUGCACUUAAUACUCUGGCAUGUAGCCUGAUGAAGAUUGCAAAUGACAUACGAUUGCUAGGUUCCGGGCCAAGAUGUGGCUUGGCAGAAAUCUCUUUGCCAGAGAAUGAAGCUGGCAGCUCUAUAAUGCCAGGCAAAGUCAAUCCCACACAGUGUGAAGCCUUAACCAUGGUUGCUGCUCAGGUGAUGGGUAACCAUGUUGCUGUGUCUGUGGGAGCGAGUAAUGGACAUUUUGAGCUGAACGUCUUUAAGCCCAUGAUCGUCCGGAAUGUACUUCAGUCCACGCGUCUUCUUGCUGAUGCUGUGAUCUCUUUUACCCGAUACUGUGUGGAAGGAAUUGAAGCUAAUCACGAUAACAUCUCUGCACUUUUAAAGCAGUCAUUGAUGCUUGUUACGGCACUGAAUCCUUACAUAGGCUAUGACAAUGCAGCAAAGCUAGCUACUACAGCCCACAAAGAAGGGUUAACUCUCAAAGAGGCUGCUGUAAGGUUAAAUCUUUUAACCGAGGAGAAUUUUGACCAUUGGGUAAAGCCUGAGGAUAUGCUGGGACCAAAAUAACUAUGAAUGCUGUUAUAACCCCACACAUACACACACGCUUUUUUUAAAAAUUGUCAUCUGUGGUUGUCAUGGCAGCUUCCUAUGUUAUGGUUAUAUUAAAACUGCUGAAAAUAUUCAUUGUGACUGAUUUCCUAUCUUAAAAUCUGAGGAUUUCUGAGCGCAUGGGUUAAAUAAAAAAAACCAAACAAAUGAAUACUUUACGUACAUAAUAAACAAAUUUAGAAAGCAAA